AAUCACAUCAUAUACACAUAAAAGUCCCUUCUUUAGUUUCUAGCAUAAAGAUUACUUUUCUCUCCAAAGCAGUACUUAUCAUAGUCACUCGGAUAGAAUAGGCCAUGGAUGGGACAAGCCUAAUCAUCUACAGGGUAGUACUAGUAUUUUUGGCUUGCUUAAUUAAAAGCCUUGUACCAGCACAAUCAGCUCCUGAUGAUGCUUUAAUCACUCAGAUUCCUGGAUUCUCGGGCACUUUUCCUUCCAAACACUAUUCUGGGUAUGUGACAGUUGACCAAAACCAUGGGAGGAAUCUGUUCUACUAUUUUGUUGAAUCUGAGAGGAAGCCAUCUGAAGAUCCGGUUGUUCUUUGGCUUAAUGGUGGACCGGGUUGUUCCAGCUUUGAUGGCUUUAUUUACGAGCAUGGACCAUUUAAUUUUGAAAAAGCAAAAACAAAGGGAAGCCUUCCUCAACUGCACCUUAAUCAAUACAGCUGGUCAAAGGUUUCCAACAUCAUAUAUCUGGAUUCUCCUGCUGGUGUUGGGUGCUCUUACUCUAAAAACCAUUCUGACUAUACAACCGGAGAUCGAAAAACUGCGUCCGAUAGUCACACAUUUCUUCUAAAGUGGUUUGAACUCUAUCCCGAAUUUCUCUCCAAUCCAUUUUUCAUUGCUGGAGAGUCAUUUGCUGGAGUUUAUGUGCCAACUCUUACUUAUGAAGUAGUGAAAGGAAUUGAUGCAGGUACAAAACCUAUAAUUAACCUUAAGGGCUACCUUGUAGGAAAUGGAGUAACAGAUGAAGAGUUUGAUGACAAUGCUCUUGUUCCAUUUGUGCAUGGAAUGGGACUUAUAUCAGAUGAGUUGUUUCAGGAGGUUAAAAUUGAGUGUGGAGGAAACUAUCAUAAUUCUCUCAACGCUAGUUGUGCCACCAAGCUUGCAAAAGUUGAUGAGGACAUAGAUGGAUUGAACAUAUACGACAUUCUGGAGCCAUGUUAUCACAGCCCCGAGCCAAGGGACAUUACGACUACUAAAUCUAAAAUGCCAGCCAGUUUCCGACAGUUAGGGGAAACCGAAAGGCCUCUUGCUGUAAGAACAAGGAUGUUUGGUCGCGCUUGGCCUCUUAGAGCUCCUGUUAGAGAAGGAAUUGUUCCCACGUGGCCACAGCUUCUUAAUAGCAAUUCUGUUCCUUGCACUGACGACGAGGUUGCAACGACAUGGUUGAACGAUGAAACGGUCAGGAAAGCACUUCAUGUAGCAGAGGAAAGUUUGGUGGGUAGUUGGGAGUUGUGUACAGGUAGAAUUACUUAUUAUCAUGAUUCUGGAAGUAUGAUUCCGUACCACAGAAACAUCACCUCCAGAGGAUAUCGAGCGCUCAUAUACAGUGGUGAUCAUGAUAUGUGUGUUCCAUUCACCGGGAGUGAAGCGUGGACAAGAUCAUUGGAUUAUCAGAUUGUAGAUGAGUGGAGGCCUUGGUUUUCCAAUGGACAAGUCGCUGGGUAUACUCAAGGGUAUGAACAUAACCUCACAUUUCUAACCGUUAAGGGAUCCGGACAUACUGUUCCAGAAUACAAGCCGCGAGAGGCAUUUGAUCUUUACAGCCGAUUUUUGGCCGGAAGGCCACUAUAAAAGAAAUUUGGUUGAUUGCAAUUAACUGUCUACGAAAUAACAAUAAUAUGAUGGUCAGAAAUAGAAGGGGGAAAAAAAAAAAAGGAUUGCUAUUAUCUGUUCUGAUGAGAAUUUGAUGUUACCAUGUUAGAAAUAUCUUCUGAUUAUCCAAGCUUUAAAAUCCUAUCUGACUACUACUUUGUAAAGGAUAUUACAAUAGGUGAAUAAGUGUAUAACUUUACUGCUGAAAGAAAAGAAUUGUAAUAUUGCAGAUUUUAGAAAAGAAAAUUUCCAAUAGGGACAUAAAGGUGAUAUUCAACUCUGUUGUAACUAUAAAAUUAAAAACUGCUCAU